GUCAGUGAUAAGAGAGUGUCCAGACAGCACGGACUGCUGGAGAACCUGAACGGUCAGCUGCGACUCAAACCGACCCACCUGAAUCCAUGCUUUGUUCAGUCGUCCCGGACCGAAGACCCCCGACCUCUGCAGAAAGACUCCUGGCACCCUCUUCGUCAUGGAGACUUGAUCUCUCUGCUGCCGGGGCAGCUCAUCUACCGGGUGGUGGCCGUGGGCGGAGAAGACCGCACCCCCAGGAACAGUCAGAUGUUUGAAGACGAAGAAGAACUUCCCGUUUCUCCCGAGCCGGAUGUGGAACCUCCCACUGGGCAGGACCGUGGACAGACGCCGCCAACACCAGCAGCUCCAUCAAACCAGGAGGACGCCGACAGAAGUCAGAACAAGAGAGACUCUGUCCAGUCAAAAGAAGAAGAAGAGGAGGAUGAAGUCACUCCGUCUGUACGCAGGAGAAGAGUUUUACCUGCGUGGAUGAUGGCGGCUGUAGCGGCUCCACAGGCUUCUUCGUCCAGCCCAAAAGUUCAGUCAGCCGUGAAGAGAACUAAAGGAGCCUCAGCGGCGUCGACCGGCACUAAACGAGCCGCAGCCACACAGUCCAAGACUUCCUCAGCUGAGGAGGUGGGGGUCAGCGAGGAGGAAAUGCCGAAGAAGAGGAGAAGGAAGAUCAGCGAUGAAAAAGAAGAAGAAGCUCAGUCUAAAACAGACGUUCCCUCCCAGCGGCCCGCAGUUCGGCCCCAGAGUGAAUCCAACAGGCCUGAGGUCAGCGACGAGUCUGACGGCUUCACCAUGGAUGUGGACGAGGAAGGGCGAGGAGGAGGCACCUCGACGUCGGCGUGUGCAGUCAGUCAGCCCGAGGAAGAAGACAGCAGGUCGAGAAACGGACAACAAAGCAAACGGGCAGAGUCCGUGGGGAGCAACAGCGGCUCUACGUCCGGACCCGCUCCGUCCAAACCUCGACUCCGAACGGCGUGUCCGUACGGGAAGGACUGCUACAGGAAGAACCCGGUCCAUUUCCAGGAGUGCAGUCACCCCGGUGACACCGACUACGAGGAGGACGAGGACGAGGACGAGGAGGAAGAGCGGCCCGAGUGCCCCUACGGCACCGACUGCUACAGGAAAAACCCUCUUCACAGGAAAGAAUUCAAACACACAAAGAAACCAGCCCGCACUACUCGCACCGCCCCCAACAAGACCUCCGCCGAUGACGAAGACGAGGACUUUGGGGACGACGACAGCUUCAUUAAUGACGACAGCGAGGACGUGGGCGACGACUCGGACUACGAGCCCCCGGACUCGGAUGAGGACUUCAAAGGACUGCAGAGAGAAGCAAAGGCCCUUCUGAAGAGGAGGAAGUAGACUCAGACUCCUGUUUGUUUGUUUGUUUGUUUGUUUGUUUGUCUUAAAGCUGCGACAGGCGGCUUUUUAUGUGCACUGACAGACCGGUGACACUGCCAAUGAGACUGAGGCAGCAGCUGAGGCCUCGACAGACUCCGGUAAAGCUGGAAAUGAGUCUGGAUCUCACUUUAAUACUGUUGUAGUGCUGCCGGUCUGUAAAACCGCCCUUGAAACAAAUGACUUGUUCUGGUCUUACACAGCCAUAUUCAGUCCAGAUUAGAAUUACGGUGGCCAGAUUGUGUCGGGUAGAAUAUUAAUAUAAUACUGGACCACCAAAACCGUCUAUCAGUGGAUUUUUUAAUACUUUUCAUCCAAAUCAUAUUGAUGUAAAAACUACUGAACUGUCAGUGAAGACCAGCUUCCCUCUGACAGAUAAAACCAAACACGCUGCCGCUGUCUGCCUCACGUGGAUCAGGUGGAUCAGGUGGAUCAGGUGGAUCUGGUGGAUCAGGUGGAUCAGGUCUCUCAGUCUAUGCAGUGAACUCUGGUUUCUUCAAACAGGAAGUGGCGAGCAGAGACCUGAAAGUUAAACACCAACAGCACGUUGAGCUCUCAGGACCUCGGCGUCGGCCUCUCCUCUGUUUACUCACGUCGUAUUUAACAUUUCUGAGUUAAUUUUUGUUAAACAUUCGCUUCCUGCUGCCAUCGUGUCGCCAUGGCAACGUCAGUCACAACGGACUGCAAUAAUUCAGGUUGAUUUGAAGGACAAUGUUUUUGUAUGAAAAUCCUGCCUCAUGCAGCUUUAAAUGAAGAAAUAUUCUCAUGCCGUCUGUUCUGCAGAUAUAAAAACGAUUUUAUUUCCAA